CGAGCCGAGCUAAGCGAGUGAUGAGCUGUUGAGCGGCGCGAAGGCUGCUCGGGAGCCCGGACACCACCUCGCCGUUGUCUUCCUUCUCCUCUCCCAUUCAUUCUCCCCAGCUGCUCGCUGCCGGCCGCCGCGGUAUGGCUGCCCGGCUGGUUGAGAGGGUGUCAUUCCCUGUGGAUAUAUUGAUCAACUCCAGUCAUGAGGACUUGAAGAUCUCAGGAGACAAGUACUUGUCUAACCUUCGGUCUGCAAGUCCAAACUGUCCUGAAUACUUGUCGCUGCCAGCCCACGGCAAAGUUCCUAUUAAGCUGUCAACUGUGGGGUUUGUUCCUCUUUAUGGUGAAGAGCACACACAUAGAGUUCUUGCUUUGUUUUCACCAAAGGACUCAAUCACAGCUGUAGCCCUGUAUCUUGCUGACAAGUGGUGGUCAGUUGAUGACAUUGUGAGAACAUCUGUCUCUGCUAGACAGGGACUUCAUCAGGUUAAGUCUGUAGGAGAGAGGAUUGUUCUCUAUGUUUUGAAUCGAAUUAUCUAUCGGACGCAAGAAAUGGGAAGAAAUGAGACCCCGUUUCUCUGUCAUCGUAGCAAUGAAUAUGCUAAGAUCAUGUGGAAAGGAGGAGAGGCUAUUGGGUUCUAUUCUGUUAAACCUACAGGAAGUAUUUGUAACUCUCAUUGUGGUAAGUAUUAUAAGCUGCCAGUGCUAGACACAGCAUUUGUAAGACUCAGACAUCGUGAGAGAGAUUCUGGGCUAAUCAUUUUGGAAGACUUUGUGGGUUCCUUCAAUGAAAAAUGUCUUGGCCUACGAUACCCACUGUCAUCCUUCAUGUACACAGCUUGUAAGCAGUAUCUUGAGAAGUACCCUUCGGAUGAAAGCCUUCUUUAUGAAGUGAACGGACCAGGAUAUUGGUUCCAGAGAACAUGUGUUGCAGCAGUAGUGCAAAGGGAAAGGCUCCAAUUUGAAGCAGAGGCUUCACAGACAGAAAAGAGUUGCCAAGCAAAGAGUCAUUUUCUGGAGUCUGCAGCAGUGUCUGAAGCAGGUGGACAGAAGACUGAGCUACAAACGCAGUUAAGUGCUGAAUCUCAGAAAGGUAAAGAAUCAACAGAUGUCCAUGCAGGCACAUCUGAAGACCCUAACAUAGCUCCCGCUUCCAUGCGGACACGAAGCAGUCAUUUAAAAUGUCCCAGGAUAGGAAGGAUGAGACAAGAAUCUGGAACUUCCCAAGGAAACGAGGAAAAUACUUUUGUGUCAGAAAGCAGGCUGGAACCUCCUGCCCACACAUCUGAAAGCUCUGAAGGUUUAGUAGAAGUAUCUGAGGAGAAUACUGUUGAGAAGAAUGAGGAAAAGACUGAUGAAAAUAAGGGCCAGUCUUUAUCAGAAGCGGAACUGCAUGUAUCAAACCCUGAGAAGCAGAGUGAGGAGGAGGAAACUGUAUCAGAGCCUCUAAAUGGUGAAAUAACAGAAGACACUCAUAAGACCUCUACUGUGUUUGAAGAGGAAACAGCAAAUGAAGUUCAAAGUAGUGAAUCAAAAUUGCAGUCUGAAAGUCAAGAAGAACCCUUAGUGCUGUUUGUUCCAUUAAUCCUUGAGUCUUCAGCAAAACCUUCAGAAGACACUAUAUCAGAGAAGGGAACAACUGUGGGUGAUUCAGAAAUGCUGACUGAAGAAAGUACAUUGAAAGAGGAGAACACUGAAGAACAGCAAGAACCUGAAAAGGCUGCCACUGAAAAUGCAGCUGCUUCAGCAUCAAAGGAAGAGCCCUCUGACAACGGCCUGCCCAACUCCAUGGUAACUGAAGCAGUAGAAGAGUCUGUUUCUGAAAAUGUCUCUCUCAAAACAGCUUCCUCAUUGGAAGAUCAAAGUGAGGAAGGAGAGCACAACUCACAGGAGCCCCCUGUUGCCCUGAAUCAGAGUUCUUUGGUAAUGGUUGAACUUGAUGGGGCUUCUUUUCAGCAGCCUUCUGGACAGGAAGCAAAGAACCAGUUGGAAGAGCAGUCGGAAGAGACUGUUGAGCAGAUGGAACAGUACACACAGACAGAGCGGGCUGCUGACAGCAGCUCUGAGGAAGCAGAAAUUGAGGUACCUGUUGUAGAUCGGAGAAGCUUGCGAAGAAAGGUGAAAAGCUACAAAGGUCCACCCAAGAAAAAAGGAAAGUCAGUUUAGAAACGGAGUACUGAUUGUCAUCUAUUUAUAAGAAGGUUGUUGUUUUGUGUAAGACAUUAGGGCUUAACUAAACCAUAUGGGACAUGUUUAAAAUUCUGGGUCGGACUUCUUUGGGGAUUCAUCAACUUUCAUGAAGUUUUCUUGAAUUUUUAAAUACAGACACUGAGCUUCAGAUUAUGGAAGUAAACAGCCUGUCUCCUCCUUUUGUAAAGGAUACAUGCUGAAUACAGUUGUGCUAGCAAAAGGAACAAUUGGCUUAUUUGAGGUGGUAGUUGUGGAAGAAAAAUGCAGCCUGAAAUCCUGGCCCUGUUGAGGUUCCCUAAAUUCCAUGAGGCCAGAGAUCACUCUAGCAUUUAUUAUGUUUAAGUAACUGUUUUCUGCUCUGGGGGGGAAAGCAGAAAAAGAAAAUCCUUCCUUGCUGCUUGUUCCCUCCCAUAGACUUUCUCACAUGAGAUUGAAAGAAAGAAAUAUUCUAUAAAUCUAGGUCUCAAAAUACACUAGAAGGUAAAACUCAGUAGAUAAAAACAACAUAAGCAGCAUGCGUCUUUUGUGAGAAUUGUUUGAAAUAGCUGUGUCGGUAGAAAGUCGGUCAGCAGUGUCUGCCAUGGUGCACUCUGAUAAUGAGUUUUUUUCACUUGGGGAUUUAGAGAUGCCUACACAGUAAAUUACUGGUAGCUUCCAAAGCAAGUAUCUGGGUAAGUCUAAGGCUUUUCUCAGAGUGUAUGGAGUAUAGGCUCCAGUACGUACAUUACCUUACUAUUUGCAUGUGUUGAGUGGAUACUUGAAUACUGGUUACAUUACAGGAAGAGUAUGACAACUUUUGAUCUCAUUUUUGUCUGAAUGGGAGCAGUGCUUUGUUUUCCAAAUAGUUGGCUCGUCCUGUGGGGUAACUAUUAAAAUAUUGUCUGCCAAGUGUGACUUCUGUGAACACUGGCAUAUCAGGUGGUUGUGACAUUCAUUGGUAUGAAUAUUGGUGUUCUAGCAAAUGCUGACUUGCCACACCUCUAUGCCUUUAGGAGUUAGCAGAAGAUUGAUUCUGAAUACUUCUGAUUCUCACUUCCUUUUUCUAACUUGGGUGUAAUUCCUGGAAUGGUAGCUUUUCAGUUCACAGCUUUCCUUAAAAGCAACAUCCAAACUUUGCUGUAAACAAACAGAAAUGUAAACAGGCUUUUCCUGCAUGUUCCCCUUGAGAGAUUCUCCUUGCAAGCCAUGUAUUUAACUUAAUUUGGCACACCUAGAGUAAGUUUAGUACUUAGAUGGCAAAGUUUUUCUUUCAAUAGAGGAAGCUCCUUUUGUUUCCUGUUCAGAGAACAGGAAAUCACACCACUAUUUGUCCUUCUAUUAGGGUUUUCUAAGAGGGGUGAACUAGUCACCCCCAGUGUCUCAAAACCAGAGGUAUCUAGAAAUUGCUGUUCAGGACUUAUGAGUACAGGGUUCACUUGAAUAGUUGCAAUGCUGUCUUAACUGUUAUUCUUCUAAAUCUAAUCUAAGAAUCUGGUUUUGGUUUUUAUGCUUAUACAGUUUAACUGUAUUUAUAAAAUAUUUUAACUGUAUAAGAUAGAUUCAUACUAUUUCUUUCAGCUGAUGAAGUACUGUGCCCCUUUUUAAUCUGGUAAGAGCAGCUUGUAGGGAUAAAAAGUGUUUAAAAAAACCCAACAUGUAAACUGUAUAUUCAGGGGGUGCAUGAGUUAAAUCUGGGUUUCUUUAACUAUUGCAUGUAGCUCUAACUUCCUAUCAAUGUAUGUACAGGUAUUCCUUAUGAAGCCAAUGACUGAUAAAUGGUCAAGAUCCUUCACGACUGUAAACAUAUUCAAGUGAACCUUAAUUAUUUCUAAAAUUAAUCCAGCAUUUUCUAUAAAACAUGUAAGACAAAAGUUCUGUUGUAUGGCUUUUCUUUUACUGCUAAGAUGUAUUACAUUAAGAAAAAACCAACACAAAGAAACAACAAAAAACCCACAAACAAACAUAAAACCAAAAACUAAACAGAAGGUGGCUAGAAAACAAAUCCAUUGCAUUGUGAACAAUUUGUCAGUUUUGAGGACUGGUGGCUUAAAGUGUAGUUUUAUACUGUGCAUUGUGACUUAUCGUCAAUUUUUAGAGCAAACUUCACUAAAGAUUGAUCUGCCAGAUACUUCAGUUACAAAUGUAUCCACUUUCAGAAAGUUAAGGAUUCUUUUGUUUAUGAAAAGUGAGUCCUAGUUAUUUCAAUUACUCCUAGGUAACUUGAUACAUAUAUUUAUUGCUUGUAUUCUCUGAGGUUGGAAAACUGUUCAUGAGAAGGCAAUGUCACUCACCUGGCUCUUACUUUUCACAGCUAAGUUGGAGCCCAUUUCAGUUACCUUUCUUUGCAGCUUGAAUACACAAAUAUUAUAACAGGAUCAUUAGGUUAGGUCAGUCUUGGUUUCUAUUAGGAGCAAUCAGCUUUCUGAUCACAUUUCAGUGAGCCAGUUUUAAAUACUGAACUUAAAUUCACAUAUCCAGGUAUACUCUUUGGUUAGAUAUCUCUGUAGACCUGGGGUACAUGAAACAGUAGCUGAUGGCCAGACUGUCACAUAUGGAAUGUAGGCAGUUGGGUGUAAUUAGCAAUUUCAGUAACUAGUAUAGUCUUGAAAACUGGACAUUGUUCUAACGUAGUUGCAAUCAUACUUUGAAUUAAAGGGUACACUUUAUAACAACUUCUUUGGCAUCAAUCAUACAGUAAAUACAGUAGCAAAAUCAAAACACUGACUUUAAAUAACAGUUUUUAUUGCUGUAUUGAUUGUCUCAUUGGAACAGUAGUUCAGUAGUCUAUAAUUUGUUCCAUUUAUACAAGGGAACAUACCUGACCACCGUACUGACUGAGGCACGUUACCUAGGGGAAAAAGCGGUUUUUAGGCUUGGACGAUUUCUUUCUUUGAUCCGUUAACUCUCUUGCUACCAUCAAACUCACAGAAUUUAAGAUCUUACUGCACCAGCAACCAGUGAUUAUAACAUCAAUUUUAUACAAGUUUAUACACACUGUGGAACUAGAUGUGUACAGUGAAAGCAAGGAGGAUUAUUUUUGAGCUUUAUUUAGCCUAGGAAGAGAGUUUAAAGAAUAUUAAUUUGUGACUUCAGCCUUGAACUUAAGUGGUAAAUGGUCUGGAUUUGAAUCCAAGAGUUUUUUCAAAUGUCUGUCUUUUACUGCUUAUUAACGGGAUUUGCUUUUCUUCUCUUGUUACUAUCUUUUGGUCUGUUUUCAUUUCAUGUAGGGUUCUUUGCUGUUCUCAUGUUUCUUAGCCCUUUAUGUGAAAGUGUAUACAUCUUAUUUUAAAAGUACUUAAGUAAUUUGAAAUUAUGUGUGAUCUUUGUUUUGCUCUUUAUACAACAUCAUUUGCAGAAGUCAGUAAUCAAGUUGAUCAUGUAACAUGUCAUGAAUGCUACUUAGUUAAACAUAGCAACAGAUAGGGUCCAAGUUGCAGCUUUUCUGCUUUAAGUGAUCAUUAUGAAACUUUCCAAAAGGAUACACUUCCAAGUGGUGGUAGAAGUUUUCUAAACUAGUGAUAUGAUGUUUAUGAUUCUUAAGAAAGCUGUAUUACUAUUCUGGAGUAUUGUACUGAAGUCUUGUUACUGUCAGAUUUUCCUUUUCUUUAGUACUGUCUUGGCAGCUUUUGAAAUGUUUUGAAGUAGUAAUUAAACUUAUAUUUUGUGAUUACUUUUUGCUUGGUUUAUAGUAUGAGUCUUUUCUGCUAUACAGGAGGCAUGUUUUGAAGUGGUUGUUUUCUUAGAAUGGCCAUGAUUUUGCAAUCUGCCUGCUACCAAGGAGCUUUAAAAGCUCAAGAGAUUAAUUGUAAUGUAUUCUAUCAAUUAAAACAAUUCCCUGUACCUAGUUAGCUUAUGGAUCAGACUUUGUUUUUUGUUUGUUCUUUUUUUUAAUAAAAGCUGUAGAAUAGGC